AUGUCUGUCGCACCAAUUCCCCAUUCUAUGCGCGAAACGAUGCUCAGAGAUGAGGUCGCAUACACCAUAAGCAUCAAGCUAUGCAAGAGCAUAGAAAUUGUCGGCAUGGCAAAGACAGCCGGUUAUUCCGGAAUUUUCGUCGAAACCGAACAUUCAUCAUUGGAUCUUGAGGCAACAAGCCAGUUGUGUGUUGCCGCUCUCUAUUGUGGCAUUUCCCCCAUCGUUCGCGUACCCAGCAAGGACCCCUGCUUUGUCUCAAGGGUUCUCGACGGUGGUGCACUGGGCGUUGUGGUACCUCAUAUCCGAUCCGUCCAAGACGCUCAGGAUGUUGUCAACGCUGCCAAAUUCCAGCCCAUCGGUUUCAGAAGUUCAACCAAUGGUCUUCCCCAUCAUCAGUUUCGGACCAUCCCCGCAAAACUCUCCAACCCCGUCACCAACGAGGCCACGCUAGUAAUCCCCAUGAUCGAGACCCUUGAGGCUCUUGAACUAGUGGAUGAAAUUGCUGCUCUACCUGGAGUCGAUUCGUUGCUUAUUGGCACAAAUGAUCUGACUGCCGAGAUGGGCAUCCCUGGAGACUACGAGAACCCUCGCCUGACCGAAGCUUACGAGCGUACUAUUGCGGCCUGCAAGAAGCACGGCAAGUGGGCCGGUGUUGGAGGUCUCCACUCCCGACUUGAUCUUGUUGAGAAGUUCUGCAAGAUGGGUGCUCGGUGGGUAAUGGCAGCUACAGAUGGGCCUUUGCUCAUGGGAGCUGCCACCAAGAGAGCGGGCGAGAUGUCGGCUUUGAAUGCGUCUGUCAAGGCAGCACAGACGAGUGAUGCUUCAACCAAGGUCACGAAUGGGAAUGGCAUCAUCAAGACCGUUACAAAUGCAAUUACAAACGGACAAACAAACGGACACACGAAUGGAGCUACCAACGGUGUGGCAGUGACAGCAUAG